UUUGUACACCGAAUUCGCUUCAAAUAACAGUCACAGUUUUCCCAAUCAAUUCAUUUGUCAAAAUUAGUCCAAAUUUAUCUGAGAAACCGUAAAUUAAUUGAAAAAAAAAAUGAUCGGCAUAUUGUUAGUUGUCCAAGGACUAAUGUUUGUGGCUGGUUUUCCAGACGGUGCACCGAGUGACACCUGUGUAAAAGGCCGUGCAAAUCAGCCAAAUCAUGGUGCAUCUCGCACUCAAUCACUUCAUACAUUACCAUAUGAUGUCCACGCAACAACGGACUCUUACAAUCCAGGACAACAAAUUCAAGUGACCAUCGAGGGAUCAGAUCACUUUCGAGGAUUUUUCCUGCAGGCACGAGAUGCAGACACAGAUGAAUGGAUCGGAACAUUUAAAGAAAGUCCAAACACAAAAGUAAUUCCAGAAUGUUCGGCAAUAACUCAUGCAGACAGAAAAGAUAAAGAGGCAGCGACAUUCAUUUGGAACGCACCACAACAUAAGAAGGGACGAGUUUAUUUUACAGGCUCAAUUGUUAAAGAUUAUGGUACGUUUUGGGCUGAUAUCAUUGCCAAAAUUCCUGCUAAACAGUAAAACAGGAAAAUUGAAUGGAGAUAAAGCAGCAACGACAUUAUUAUAAAAAUGUAGCAUUCAAUCACCUUUGUUAUUAUAAUGUUUUAUCUUUAAGAGCAUACUGGUUUGCCACGUAAAAUGUCCAUCUUUCGUAUCUAAAUUGUUUUUGAAGUACUUCUGAUUUCUCUCAUUUCGAAUGAUAUUUUAAAUAGCAACUGACAGAAAGCAGGAGAAAUCAAGAAAAAGAACGUAGAUGUGAAAGUGGGAUUUUUUGCAUAUGCAAAACAGUAGUUCAGUUUUAAAACUAUCUCGGUGUAAAAAAAUAAUAAUCUUAAAACGAAAGACGGAAAGACAACAAAAUAAAAUUUUCGAAAUCCGAUUUUUAUCAACUUUCUUGUUUUGUCUAAAUUUGUGUGAUCUUUGCUCUUAAAAAUUUAACAUCUCGUGGAUGUAGAAUAUAAUAAUUCCUGUGUUUUGUUCAAAUAAAUUAUAUUAAUUUGUGAGUAA